UUUAAAUCACCACAGAAAAUUAUAGAAAUACAGUGUGUGCAAUUACCCAGUGUGGCCACCCCGGAGGUUUUUCGAGUCGACAGUGAAACCAGAACAAAGCUUGUUGUCUACGUUGGGGCACUAAGUAAACCCCCAACUCCCCACCCCUUCCUUCAACUCGUAUGGAGGCGUAUGCAUUUACAUACCGAACCACAUCGUGCUUUUUUCUAGCUAGCCACGGUUUCCCCGUAGAUUUUUUUUUUUUUCAUGUGAACUGCCGCCAUGUUUUUCUGAAGCAGGAUGACAGCAGGACGGAGUAGAAGGGGGAGACGGACCUAAUACGUGAAUAUAUGCCGAAUAAACUCUGUUUUUUGAGGGCAUGGCAAAUAAUUAUUGAUACAAACGAAACAACCAACUGAUACGGAUUUGUUGUGUUUUGUUUCGAGCAAACAGUAAGGAUUUAAAGUGUUGAAUUUCCUGGAUAUUCUAUAUUUCGUUUUCCUAUGGCGUAGGCACCUUUUUUUAAAGACUGUAUUUUUCUUUUUGGGGGGUGGGAGGGGGGCCUUCCAGUGAAUUAAGGAUACAGUUUGUUCAAAGAAUUAGUCAACUCAAAAAAGCCGACCAAAUGUGUAGUACAAGACUAACUACAUUUCUAACAUUCAAAUAGCUACCUCUGCUUUCGGCAUCAUCACAUUUGCGAAAGGAGUUGCAGUAUCAACCGCCAUACCGUUUUUGGAAUCUAAACUUGUGAUUUUUCGAAGUAACUGUACAAGUAUUUAUAAAGACACAGCAAAGGGACUGGCGUUUUCACCUGGAAGGUCGCAGAAAAGGGGUAACAUUCUAAGAUGACGAGCAAUAUUCCAGCGGACACGAUCAACUUGAGGCUCAUCUUGGUGAGUGGAAAGACAAAAGAGUUCCUGUUCUCUCCCAAUGACUCCGCUGCGGACAUUGCCAAACACGUGUACGACAACUGGCCAAUGGACUGGGAAGAGGAGCAGGUCAGCAGUCCCAACAUUCUGAGGCUCAUCUACCAGGGCAGGUUUCUGCACGGCAAUGUGACGCUUGGAGCAUUAAAACUUCCCCUUGGCAAGACCACAGUGAUGCACUUAGUUGCCAGAGAGACCUUGCCUGAGCCAAAUUCCCAAGGUCAGAGGAACCGUGAGAAGACUGGAGAAAGCAACUGCUGUGCAAUCCUGUAAAUACACCCAGUUGUGUCCCGCUG